CAUGUGACCACAGCUGGAAUCUAAGCAAAAUAAGGCCACUUACACCCAAACCUAUAUUUCAUAAUUAUCUCAUCUGAGGACAUCCUGUUACAGUGUCAGAGCAGCACUCUGUUGAACUUUUGUUCCCCUAAGAAAGAUGGAAUGCAGUACAUUGCAGUUUAAUGAGGGGUGAAAAAGAGAACUGGAAUCAUAACUAUUAUUCUUCAACUAGUGCUUUGCAGCAUAGUUUGGACAAGAUACCAUCUCCAUUUACUGACAGCUGUCUUAUUGAGACAUUUCACAGUUUUUGGUUCAGCCUUCACUGCAUUUUCUCUGCAGUUCCUGUCACUGAGCAUCUCCCUCUGCCAUGGCUUCCAUCCAACAGCCACUGAAAGUGGAGUCUGUUCCAUAGAUGUUUGAAGCAAAGCACGAGUAACGUCCUGUAUCCUCCUCAAAAGCUUCAACAAUAACCAGUGAAUGUUGAUCACCUGUCUGGAUAAUUUGAAUGUCUGAAUCCUCCUUGAUUUGGGUGAAAGUUGAAGCUCUGGGACUAGCAGGCUUGUCACACAACAUGAGUUCACACUUUCAUCUAGCUCUUCUUGGCUCAAAAAGGCAGAGAGAUCUGGAAGCUCAUCUUGGGCAACUACCUCAUCUGAAUCACCAGAAGCAUUGCCAUAAUGGAAAUUAUGAGGAGCUGGCUCUGAUCGGCUUCUUUCGCUCUUGCCUUGGUGUUUAGCUUCAGCUAAGUAACUUUCUCUCAGAAGUUGAGAUAUGGAAGUUGAAGUUUCUAAACUGUCGUCUUGCAUGCUGCCAACAAAAAGGACAAACAGGACCACACCUUAUCAAUAGCCAUUUUUUUGACUGCACACAAUUAGAGGCUUCUGAAACACAGAAUACAAUAGUUUCCAAGUGCAUGUGUGUGCUGAAUAUUAAAUAGUGAGCAAGGCCUUGUUUUAAAGGCCUGCUUCUAUACACUACUGCCACUUGCUAUCACUUUCAGCCAGUCAAAUUGCUAUUUUAUUACUUUCUUUUGUUGGUAGCCUUACCUGGCUAAAGCAACCACAGGCAUGGUAGGACUUUGCUCCAGGCAAAACUUUGGCUACAGAUCUAUUAACCUAGUAUCUUAGCUAAGAAAGAACCUCAUCAGAUACAUUAAAUACUAGGUAUUUCAAGGACUGAAUGAUGCGAGAGAAUGACUAACCAUGCCUUUAAAUUAAGUAAAUUUGGCCUGAAAGACUCUGAAGUACAAGUGAAAGAACCCUCAAAAGAAUUGGAAGGAUGAGAGUAGAAAGUAAGAAGGGACAGAAGAACAAAAAUAUUCUAUAAUGGCAUUUUAAUUUAGGAAGCAAUAAUGGUGCUAAGUGUUCUAUACCUUUUUAAAUUAGGCAUUAUUUCUAAUAAGCUACUUAAGGUAUUUACAGUAAGUAGAGAAUUGUCCUUAUCUGAUCCAAACAUCGUUUGUACUACAGGCCUUUUAAAAUCAUUCUCUCAGGUCAUCCUACUUCUGAAAAGAUGUACCACAGAUGAGGACACAGAAUUGGAAGUGCUGUACUUCACCUGCGUGCCUAACAAGCAAAGCUUGAAGAACACUGGAUGCUCUAAGGAGGAAAUACAAGCAUGGAAAUAAUACUGGAUAAUAAAAACUUGCCAAAGUCAAAUGAAGUUAAAGAAUGCCUGCAAUAAUUUUGUUGAGAGGGGUACUUGGCAGUUGGGAAUGACAGAAAACCAGCAGUUCCCCAGCAAAGGAAUUGAAACAAAUUCCUUCCUUCUGGCCAUCAGAGCAGAAGAGGUAGAAGGGAGCAGAACUUCUCUUUAUGUUUUCCUGAUUGAGACCGUGGAACUGAAUUGUUGUUAUUGCUGCGCAGUGGCUAUCCCAUGGUCCCCACCGUGUACAUUGGCAGUGAGUGGCAGUGCAUGGCACACUGCUGCAUAUCACAGAGCUAGAAAAUGCAUACAGUAAUUGCAGAUAUCUCUAUUGAGCAGUGGCUGAACGUGGAAAUCCUUACAUGGAAGGGCAGAAAAUCGCACAGCAGUAAGCUUGAACAGGGUGACCCUGAAACCUUUCAUUUCCUCUUGUUUUGAGCCUUGUUAGACCCAUUGUGAAUCAUCACUGAAAGAAUCUGAACUUUUCCUAAGAAAACAGCAGUAGAGACAUCUCAGCAAAGUUGAAGCUAUAUCCCAGAUAUAUUGACUCAAGAAAGUCAGAUACAUUGCAGAACAGAUCUGGAGCAACUCCCCAGGACUUAGUUGUGGACAGAAUCACUAACUCCCACCUCGCAGCCCCUCCAUUUGUAAAUGCCAUGCAGUUAAAUUUUCUAAACACUUUUCAGGAGAUCAAAAAGGAAAAUGGGUGAUGGCUGUCUCUGAGGCCUGCCUGGCGUGCUUCUCCAUCCUCCUGUGAAGGCCAAGGUUCAGAUGUCAUGGCAAGUUCUGAGUGUAAUACUUCAAGUGCACAUGAUUGUAAGUGGCACCAGUGUUAAGGGUCUGAAGACUGGACACCGGACCGCUUGUGCAGCCAGACAGAACAAGAACAAAAUGGACGAAAAAAAAAGCCUGGAAAGCAGAGGUCUCCAACUCAGCCUGAUGAUCAUAGAAUCAUAGAAUCAACCAGGUUGGAAGAGACCUCCAAGAUCAUCCAGUCCAACCUAUCCCUCAGCCCUAUCCAGUCAACUAGACCAUGGCACUAAGUGCUCCAAACCAUGAUGGUACAAGUUUGCCCAAUCUUGCUGUAGCUGAUAUGACAAUGGACUUGUUCUCCUAAGAGUAUAUGCAAGAGAGGGCACCAAGCCAAACACAGAGAAGGAAGAAUAUUGGAAGGCUCCAAAUCGUGACACUCUGAAAGAAAAUGCUAAUAUUAUGGUUGAAGCUUUCAUUGCAGUUACUGCUACAGAUGUGUGACAUUUGCGAUGGUGUAGCAAUGUCUUAGCCGAAGAUGUCUUCAUUUUGAUGUCCCCUUCUGACUGUGCUGCACAGAAGGGAUAUUCUGGAAAGGUGAAGUUGGAAAAUCUCUGUGAUCAAGAGAAGCAUAAACAUGUUGUGCUGGGGAAAUGCAUCUUUUGGACAGCUUGGAUUGGGUGGAAUUGAUGAAGAGAUUGUUUUAGAACCCAGAAGAAGUGACUUUUUCCUAAAUAAAAGGAUCAGAGAUGUGGGAUGUGGACUGAGACAUACAGUUUUUGUCUUGGAUGAUGGGACUGUUUACACAUGUGGAUGCAAUGACCUAGGACAACUAGGGCAUGAGAAAGCCAGGAAAAGACCUGAGCAUGUUGGUGCACUGGAUGCCCAAAAUAUUGUAGCUGUGUCAUGUGGAGAAGCUCAUACUCUUGCAUUAAAUGACAAAGGUCAGGUAUAUGCUUGGGGUCUGGCUACUGAUGGACAGCUUGGCUUGCCGGGAACAGAGGAAUGCAUCAGAGUGCCAAGAAAUAUUAAGAGCUUGUCAGAGAUCCAAAUUGUUCAGGUUGCCUGUGGUUAUUAUCACUCAUUAGCACUAUCAAAAGGAAGUGAAGUGUUUUCCUGGGGACAAAAUAAAUAUGGCCAGCUGGGCCUGGGCUACGAGUAUAAAAAACAAAACUCACCACAUGUGAUCAAAUCUCUGCUGGGAAUCCCUUUUGCACAGAUUGCAGCAGGAGGUGCACAUAGUUUUGUACUCACUCUUUCUGGAGCCAUUUUUGGAUGGGGUCGCAACAAAUUUGGGCAGCUGGGUCUUAAUGAUGAUAAUGACAGGUAUGUUCCUACACUGCUAAAGUCACUGAGAAGUCAGAAGGUUGUUCAUAUAUGUUGUGGAGAAGAUCAUACUGCUGCUCUUACAAAGGAAGGUGGGGUUUUUACAUUUGGAGCCGGAGGCUAUGGCCAGUUGGGUCAUAACUCCACCAGCCAUGAGAUAAACCCAAGGAAAGUUUUUGAACUGAUGGGAAGCGUUGUCACACAAAUCACUUGUGGCAGGCAGCACACCACUGCGUUCGUUCCUUCGUCUGGAAGAAUUUAUUCUUUUGGACUUGGCGGGAAUGGGCAGUUAGGUACCGGAACAACCAGUAACAGGAAAAGUCCUUUCACAGUAAAAGGAAACUGGCUUCCUUAUAGUACUCAGUGCCCCAAAACCACAGACAGUGAGGAGUGUUACUGUGUAAAGAGAAUUUUCUCUGGUGGAGACCAAAGUUUUGCACACUACUUUCAUCCACAGAACAUGGUGCCACCAGAUGAUUUCAGAUAUCCUGACUUUUUGAAGCAGAUCUGGACUGUGAAUGAAAUGUUUAUUCAAAGAUUGUUGAGUUUCCCCUCUGGAAGGCUUCCUGUAGAGAUAGCUAAUGAAAUCGAUGGAACAUUCUCCUCAUCUGGGUGCCUGAAUGGGAGCUUUUUGGCUUUGAGCAAUGAUGAUCAUUACAAAACCAGCACUAGAUUCUCAGGGGUUGAUAUGAAUGCUGCUAGACUACUAUUUCACAAACUUAUACAGCCUGACCACACUCAUAUAGCACAACAGGUGGCAGCUAGUUUGGAAAAGAACCUUAUUCCCAAGUUGACCAGCUCCUUGCCAGAUGUUGAAGCUUUGAGGCUAUAUCUCACUCUUCCAGAAUGCCCGCUCAUGAGUGAUCCAAACAAUUUCACAACAUUAGCUAUUCCUUUUGGAACUGCUAUUCUGAACCUAGAGAAAGCUCCUCUGAAAGUCCUUGAAAACUGGUGGUCUGUACUUGAACCUCCGUUGUUCCUCAAGAUAGUGGAACUCUACAAGGAUGUUGUAGUCCACCUUUUGAAGUUGUGCAAGAUGGGGGUUCCAGCUUCUGAGAGAAGAAUCCUUACCAAUUUUCUACACACAGCUUUCAGAGUUCUGGAAAUACUGCAUCGAGUAAAUGAAAGAGGACAAGUGAUACAGUAUGACAGAUUUUACAUUCAUGAGAUCCAAGAUUUGAUAGAUAUCAGGAAUGACUACGUCAACUGGGUCCAGCAGCAAGUGUUUGGAAUGGAUGUCAACCAUGGAUUAACUGAGUUAACAGAUAUUCCUGUUACAAUCUGCACAUACCCAUUUGUGUUUGAUGCCCAGGCAAAGACAACUCUCCUACAAACAGAUGCAGUCAUACAGAUGCAGAUGGCUGUUGAUCAGGCUCACAGGCAGAAUUUAUCUUCUCUCUUCCUGCCAGUAUUUGAAUCUGUCAACCCAUGCUUGAUACUAAUGGUACGGAGAGACAAUAUUGUAGGAGAUGCUGUGGAAGUCCUAAGGAAAACAAAGAAUGUAGACUACAAGAAGCCACUUAAGGUUAUUUUUGUAGGGGAAGAAGCUGUUGAUGCUGGAGGUGUUCGCAAAGAAUUCUUUUUGCUCAUCAUGAGGGAGUUGCUAGAUCCCAAAUAUGGAAUGUUCAGGUAUUACGAAGAGUCCAGGCUGAUCUGGUUCUCUGAUAAGACCUUUGAAGACAGUGACUUGUUUCAUUUGAUUGGUGUUGUCUGUGGGCUAGCAAUAUAUAAUUUUACUAUUGUAGACCUUCACUUCCCUUUGGCUUUAUAUAAAAAGCUGUUGAAUAAGAAACCAUCCCUGGAUGACUUAAAAGAGUUGAUGCCAGAUGUUGGCAGGGGAAUGCAACAGUUACUGGACUAUCCAGAGGAUGACAUAGAAGAAGCAUUUUGUCUUAAUUUUACUAUCACUGUGGAAAAUUUUGGUACAACAGAAAUUAAAGAGCUCGUUCCUAAUGGUGCUGACAUUCCUGUAGUCAAACAAAAUAGGCAAGAUUUUGUAGAUGCAUAUGUGGAUUACAUCUUCAAUAGAUCUGUGGCUUCCUUAUUCAGUGCAUUCCAUGCAGGCUUCCACAAAGUGUGUGGAGGUAAAGUUCUUCAGCUCUUCCAGCCCAGUGAGUUGCAGGCAAUGGUGAUUGGGAACACGAAUUAUGACUGGAAAGAACUGGAGAAAAAUACAGAAUACAAAGGAGAAUACUGGGCAGACCAUCCUACAAUUAAAAUAUUCUGGGAGGUUUUUCAUGAGUUGUCUCUGGAGAAGAAAAAGCAGUUUCUGUUGUUUCUGACAGGCAGCGAUCGCAUUCCAAUUCUGGGAAUGAAGUGUCUUAAACUGGUCAUCCAGCCAACGGGAGGUGGAGAAGGUUAUCUUCCAGUAGCUCACACUUGCUUUAAUCUUCUUGAUCUUCCAAAAUACACGGAUAAAGAAACCCUGAAAUCUAAGUUGAUCCAGGCUAUAGAUCACUAUGAAGGUUUCAGUUUAGUGUAACUUGAGAAAUGAGAGUUGUGUGUAACGUGGGAUCAUUAAACUAACUUUUGGUGUCUUUCUUGUGGUGGUAAAUUUGGUGGUUUAAAUGAAAGAGUUGAUAACAUAACUGAUUAUUUGCAGCAAUGUUCAGUGGUACGGAUAUUCAUAGGAGCCAAAACACAUUCAAAGAUGAGGAACUGUCCUAACACACCUUCUUGUACAGAACCAUGUGGAUUUUGCUAUCUUCCAAUAAAACCAUGAGCAUUGUGACUGGGAGUCAAGUUUCACUAACAUGAACUAACAUUUCACCUUAUGCAGACAAUUUGGGGUGAGUGCAUGAGAGACUUGCUUAAGUUUUUCAAACCACUUAGAACAUUUAACUUUUUCCCUGAUAAAUACACUUGGUAACUUUUAAUUUUGUAAAUAGUAAAAUUUUUGUGGUAAAACAAUUAUGUUCCAAUAGCACUAUGGUUUCUAUUGCUUGUAAUUGAAUAUGAGCUUAUUUUAUGGCUUUUAACAAGAAGAGUGACUAUGAUUUCUGAAGAUAUAUAUUUUUCUGGUUUGUUUUAAGAACCUCAAUAAUGAAAGUGAUUCUUUUAAGAGACAUUCAUCUUCACAGUGUACAAUCCAUGGAGCAGUCACUUAGUGCCGGUACAAACCUGCAUAGAAUGGCAUUUUUACCAUGCGGAUGGACAAACUGACUUAAAGCUGUUUUAUUCUUAAGGACUGAUUCUGCAAUUAAGUCGACACAGUUAUAGAGGAGAUCUUUAUCAUUUGAAACCUCCUGCGGCCGUGUGUCAAGAGAACAGCUGAGAUGACAAAGAUGCAUUGGGCAGUUGUUGCCGUCAAGAGGUUAAACAUUUAUUUUUAAAUGCUGAAGGCGUAGUUUAUGGUUUCUAAUAGAAUUUUCACUUUUUUCCAGAUAAAUGCAUUUGAAAUAACUCUUUAACACCCCCUUCCCCUUUUCUUAAGAUUUUAUUUUUAGUAUUAUUGCCCUGAGACCAUUGUGCUUAGCUGGACACUUUGGGAUUUGACUUUCCUUCUCUGGUUGGAUUCCAGAUUUUGUGGUGUUUAUGCAUAUGUGACUUGCAGCUGUGAAACAAAUAUUUAUUUUUUUUAGAUUUUUAAAUGCAGUGAAAAAAAUUCAAGCUAUAAUAAAAGACUUGAAUGAAA